UAUUAUUAAGUUUUUCCACAGGCAGUCAGUUCCACAGCAUCUACUAGUUCCCCUUGUACAGCUCCUUUACACAUGGUCACUUCCACAACAUCUAUCAAUCCCACUACUACAGUUAUUUUACAACUGGACACAUCCACAACAUCUACUAGUUCUACUUCAACAGCUCUUUUACACACAGUCACUUCCACAACAUCUACCAGUCCCACUAUUACAGAUCAUCUACAACCAUUCAUGUCCACAACAUACACUAGUUCUACUUCAACAGUCUCUUUACAGCCAGUCACUUCCACAACAUUUACUGGUUCUACUUCUACAGCUCCUUUACUCACGGUCACUUCCACAACAUCUACCAGUCCCACUACUACAGAUAAUUUACCACCAUUCACGUCAGCAACAUACACUAGUUACACUUCAACUGUUCCUUUACCGCAAAUCACGUCCACGAGCAUUUACAGGUCAUACUUCUACAG